AUGACAUGGCACGACUACCGCAUGGAUAUUUCGACGCUCUGCAACUCAGCCAUCGAAAAAGACUCAGAAGAGUUCGUCAGUGGUUCUGAUUCAUCUGUAACCCCCUUCAGCCCUGUUCAUUACGUAAAUGAGAAUGUCAGCACCAAGCAGCAUCAUUUACCUGCCAGUACAAAUGCGAACGGCAAAUUAGUGACCAAGAGGUGCCCACAUCGACUCUCUAAUAGUGAACGUGGCAAACUUUAUCGCUCGCGUCGAAAAGACUAUGUGCGAACGCUUGAAGAUCAAGUGGAUCAGCUCAAGCGAGAAGUGGACCAGCUAUUACUGUAUGAGCGAGCUCAGCAACAGUCACAGCGAAGACUUGCAGUCGCUUACCCUCUUAAGUGGCAGUCGAUAGGAACAUCCGUUGCAGCUGUCGUCAACGAGUAUUUUGCCCUUUUUAAGUAUGGUGUACUAGGAAGUAACAAUCGGAAUGUUCCUCAAGAUUAUGCGCUACUUUCAGCUCGUCAAGUCGCAUUUCUUGAAGGAGUCAUGCACCCAAAACUCGUAUUUGCUAGCUCGUACGGUGUGCACGAGCUGUUAAGCCAGUGGGAGAAAUACUCUCUUUAUCAUGCGGGAUUUCAGUGCGAGGUCAAAACUGUGCAUAUUAUGACACAAGAUCCGAAUAUAGUAGUCGUUGCACAAACGACGCUGAAUGUGCGAAUUACUCGACAGACCAUUGAACAAAUUUUCCCCCAUUUGCUUUGGAAUGAGCAGCUCGUGCAGCGCCUUAUCGGCAAGGAGAUUAAGUAUUCCGUGAGAAACACACUAUACUUUGACGAUGACUAUAAAAUUCAUCGAUACGAUUCUUAUGUCGACUUUGCGACAGCUUUUGUGCAUCUGUUAGGUAACAGCGACGACAUUAUGGUGUUGAUGGAGAGCGCGCUUGUCCGGCAGGAAUGUAUGAUUGGUGACCUGCUUGAGGAGCCUCCACGGAUGCAAAUGGAGGAGAUACCAAAAAUCAAUCUUCCACCACUACGCAAAGAUCUUCUAGAUCUCUGUAACAGCAGUAGUAAUUGCCUUUUGGAGCCUUCGAGGCCAGACAACACGAGCAUUGGUUACUCGAUACAGAGCAAUCGUUAG